AUGUCGUACGCAGAAGCAGCGGCCAAGGGCCCCAAGCAAUCCCCAGAAGAGGCACGCGCGCCUGCACCCCCAGCGGUGGAGCACACCGAUUCCCCCACCACCUCAUCCCUCAUCGACGUCGACACCGACUCCGUGCACACCGUCCCCUCAGAUUUCACCUCGCAAGCCAUCCAAACAGAAACGCAAGCCGACCGCUACGAGCAUGAGGCGGCAGCAGCCAAGGCCCGCGCAGAGGAAGAACUAAACUCCAAGAAGGAGGCUGCCAAGAAGAAGGCAAAGGACGCAAAGGCCAAGGCAAAGAAGGAGAUCAACCGUUUUGAGGCCAAUAGCGAUAACCCCGUGUUUGUUGGGAAUGCGAUUGCGGUUGCCGCGUUGAGUGCCGGGUUGGGCUUUGGGGCUUAUAAGAAGUAUUCUGCGGGCGAGCUAUCGUGGCAGGUCGUCGGUGCUUGGGCUGGUGUUGUGGGUGCAUUUGCUGUUGGUGAUUAUUACUUGAGCCGGUAUCUCUUCAAGAACAAAUACCCGCCAAAGAACUAG